AUGUCCUCCGCCGUGCGGCGCCGGUAUCAACCCGCGGCGGACGCGGACGCGGACCACCGAGGCGACUACGACCCGCGGUUCACGAUCCCGGAGCACUUAGACCCGAAGAAGAAGAAGCCGUCGAUCAAGACGGUCGCGCUCGCGUUCGCGCUGCUGAUCUCGGGGACGGUCCUGCUGUUUUGCUACCUCCUGUGGUACUUCGGACGCUUAGACCUGCCGGACAACGAGACGAGAGGGACGUCGAAGGCGAUAUUGAUUCUAGGGUGCAUAACGUUCGCCCCGGGGGCGUUCGCGACCAUGAUUCUCGUCGCGACGUACUUCCGCGUGGACGGGUUCUCGUACGACAUGAUACCGGAGGAUUAG